ACAUGUUCACAGGUUGUGCUCAUUGUGACUUAACGUCUCAGAUCCUCUGCAUCGGUUAUGUCAUCAGUUUGACACCAUUUCGGUAUCUCCUCCACUCUCCCCUGCUGGCCAGUCCUUGAGUAGUGUAUCAGCACAGCUGUGCCUCUCCCCCUGAACCGAAAACCUUCAGUGCUGUCAAGGCCGCGUCAUUUAUCGCAACAGUUUUAUUUUUGGAUUCUCUGUAUAUUUCUUUCACUGCGUUGAUUUUUGUUCAUUUGCGGGGACGUUUUUCAUUGUGGUGUCUUCUGAGUGUUGUAAUAAUAUUGUGCAUAGGGACAGAUGACCUCGUACUGGGAAAUGGUCAGCUGACUCAUAUUAUUAUACCCAUAAUACCCUGCAUAAUGACCCAGUUAGUCAAGCAGACUUGAGAUUACGUGAGAUCCAGAGCCCUGGUCAGAUUGCCCUCUCUAGAUGCACUUUUCUAUCUGCAUACUUUAUUAUAAGAAGCAGGGCCUCGCUGUCUGCCACAUUACACCCUCGUCUAUCUGAAGUCUUUCUUUUAGAACUGGAAAGGCAUUGGAGAACACAAUGGUUCAUGAGUCAAAACGGAUGAAGGAAGCCCCCUUGCUACUGUGUAAUUUGAGAAGGUGGAGUAAUCAACAGCUGAGCCAAACUGCGGUGACCGGAACAAACGAGAAGGAGCAGCCUGGCCGCCCCACCCUGAACAUCUCCAUGCGGGGAGCAAGAGCAGCGGCGGCUGCGCGGAUCCUCUUUCCUCCUCCCCACUGCUCCCUUAGCCCGCCAUGCUCUCGCCACGCUCCCUCCUAGCCUGUGCCGUGGCUCUGAGCGCUCGCUGGGCCCCCUAAGCAUGUACACAGACUCAGGGGUGUGUGACAUCCCCCAAACACAGCCCCUGCAGCUGCUCAACGGCCACACGCCCCCUAUCGACCCUGCUGCCGCUGCCGUCGCCUCUGUUCCUGCCCGCAUGUCCGUUCCAAAGAUGGGCGUGCGGGCACGGAUCUCCGACUGGCCGCCCCGGCGUGAGCAAUCCCAUGAGUCCCUGCAGGAGAAUGGCCAGUGCGCCUACCCGUCUGUGGACGAGCGGCCUGCCCGCGUUACACUGGUACGGAUGCCAUGGAGACGAGCCCGGGACUCAGAGUUUGGCGAUGCCGUGGCGGGUUUCAGAGGGGGGCUGGCGUCGGUCUCGGCCUUCGCCCCCCUGCGGCAGCGGUCCAGCAGCGAGGUGACCCUCAGCGAGCAAGAUGAGGCGGAGGUUGAGAGCCGCGUGGGGCUAAUCCGCGAGUACGGCAGCACCUCCUCCAUCGACAUGCAGGGCAUCCCCGAGCAGAGCAUCCUCCACAUGCUCAACCACUUCCAGCAGGAGCGACCUGGCCAUCGUGGCACCUCCUCCCAGCUGGAGGACCCCCCUGAGCCCUCCGCCUCCUCCUCCUCCAUCCGAGAGGAGAGAGGAGAGACCCGUGUAAGGAAGAAAAGUGGCGGCACAGAGUCCUCCCUGGGGACCUCCUCACUCUUCCGCAAGCUGCGAAGCGCCAGCCGCGGGGAGAUCGUGACUGGCCGCGGCGACACCGACGACUGCCUGUCUGCGGAGCAUGGUGGCGCCUCCUGGAUCUGCACGAGGAGCUUAGCCCACUACGACGCCCAGAGCAUUCUGUUCGACCUGCACGAGGCCGCAACGCAACGUGGCUACCAGACUCAGCGCCGUAACACAGCCACCGGCGCAUCGGCUGCCUCUGUGUCGGUGUCGACCCGCACGCUGGACCUGGGCGGGUUUGAACCCAGAUUCUGCAGCGCUGACGAGAUGCCAGGUAGAGACUCUGCCUCCCCUGCAGCCCCCGCCGACCCUGGCAGUCCUCUACUGCUCAGCUGCCCGCAGUUCCUCAAUGAGACAGGCGGGCCCAUUGAGCGUAACCUCAGCUUCCUUAGCUCGUUGGCAGAGCAGGAGGCGGGCGAGGGCGGCAUGGUGGGCAGGCACUGGCUGCGCUGCAGUAACACCAGUAUUUCAGUGCUGGAGGUGCCACCAGAGCAGCAGGCUCUACGGUUAGAGACACUCCGACUGCCCUCCAUUGAGCAUGUGGAUCGUGGAGCACGCUACUACCAUGACCACUUCCUGGGGAAAGAGCACUGCAACUACUUUGGGACGGACGACAAGCUGGGUCCAGUGGCUCUGAGUAUCCGCAGAGAAAAGCUGGAGGACACCAGAGAUCUGAAGGAUCAGUACCAAUACCGCCUCAUAGUUCGCACUUGUGAGCUGGUGACGUUGCGCGGGGCGAUACUGGAGGAUGCCGUGCCCUCCACGGCCAGGCAUGGCACCGUACGCGGCCUUCCUCUCAAGGAGGUGCUGGAGCACAUCGUGCCUGAGCUCAACCUGGCAUGCCUGCGGCUGGCCCUCAACACGCCCAAAGCCACUGAGCAACUCCUGAAACUGGAUGAGCAGGGGUUGAGUCAGAAGCAUAAGGUGGGCAUCCUGCUGUGCCGGGCUGGGCAGAGCACAGAGGAGGAGAUGUAUAACAAUGAGGAGGCCAGUCCUGCCUUCAGCACCUUCCUGCAGCUGUUGGGGGACCAGGUGCUCCUCAGGGGCUUCACCAAGUAUGCAGCUCAGCUCGACACCAAGACGGACUCCACUGGUACUCAUUCAGUAUACACCACCUACCAAGGCUAUGAGAUCAUGUUCCACGUGUCUACUAUGCUCCCCUACAUGCCCAACAAUCCCCAGCAGCUCCUGAGGAAGAGGCACAUAGGAAAUGACAUCGUCACCAUCAUCUUUCAAGAACCUGGUGCACUGCCCUUCACUCCGCAAAACAUCCGCUCACACUUCCAACACGUCUUCAUCAUAGUGCGUGUGCACAACCCUUGCUCUGAUAGUACGAGCUACAGUGUGGCUGUAACCCGUAUGAAAGAUGUGCCUCCGUUCGGCCCGCCCAUCCCUCCCAGCAAUGUGACCUUCCGCGACCCCGAGGCCUUCCGCAGUUUCUUAUUGGCCAAGGUGAUCAACGCCGAGAGCGCGGCACACAAGUCUGAGAAGUUCCACACCAUGGCAACGCGGACACGGCAGGAGUACCUGCGGGACCUGGCUCAGAACUGCGUCAGCAGCACGCCGCUGGACACGUCCGGCAAACUCAACAACCUCAUCUCGAUGGCCUCCAAGCGGCGUGAGCGAGUGCGCCCUCGCGAGGGGGCCGAGCUGGGCUCCUCGGGGGCCUUAACCUGGCGUGUGAGGGCGCAGGACUUUAGUGGAGGCGGCAUGGAGCUGCCUUGUGCUCUGGGCAUAUCUGGGGAGUUUGUGCUUCUGGCCGACUGCACCACCAAAGAGGUGGUGUUUAAUUGUUUCUGUGCCGACAUCAUUGGGUGGGCACCGGAGAGGCUGUCACUGAAGAUCUACUUUGGGCGGGGGGACCACAUCUCGCUGCGAGUGCCUGAGGGAUGUGCCCAGGACAUCCGAGAGGUUGUCCAAAGACUUAAGGCUCUGACGGUGGGCUGUGAGACUGUGGACAUGACGCUGCGACGGAACGGCCUGGGCCAGCUGGGCUUUCACGUGCGUGUGGACGGUACCGUGUCCGAGGUGGAGGAGUACGGCUUCGCCUGGCAGGCAGGCCUACGGCAGGGUAGCCGGCUGGUGGAGAUCUGCAAGGUGGCGGCUGUCACACUCACGCACGAGCAGAUGAUCGACCUCCUGCGGACGUCAGUCACCGUCAAAGUGCUCAUCAUCCCACCCCAUGAAGAAGGAGAGGCACGCAGGGGGUGCACAGAAGAGUAUGAGAUGAAGACACUGGAGCAGAGAGACGAAGCAGAGCCCCUGAGCACUGGCUAUCACCCCAGUCUCCGCCAGCCUGCCUGGCGCUGGGACCGACCGCUCGGCACCAGCCCACUCCCCCAGUGCUGGACCCCUGUUGGGGCAGUGCCCCUCCUUGGGCGUCCCCACAAAAACAUGAUGCCCAUUCCCUACCGAGAGCCCCAGCACCUCUCCAGCAAGAGGCCUGUGAGCUACCCAGAGAACCAUUACAGCAUGUCUCCAGUAGGGAGUGACAGAAACCUGACCUUCAGAAAUCCCUCAGCCAGCUUCUCCAGCCCUAGCCCGGGGCUCGCUGCUGGACUGGGGCCAGGACUCAGCAGGCCUUUUGUGCACUACAAAUCCCCAGACAGGUUUGGGACCCAGCGCAGUCUCCUGACUUAUGAGCCACCUCUGAGUGUGGACAUUUCCAGUGGAGACUCCUCAGGCUUCACCAGCCAGGAAAGCACCAUGGAGAGGGCCAAGAAUGAACCAAUGUGGCAUGUGCCUGCCUAUGCUCGUGGUGUUUCUGUCGCCGGUGUGAACCAGAGGAAGCCAAGGCGCCAAGAUACACCAGAGAAUCAAUCACCCAACAGACACUCAAAAGGAGAGGUACAGUAUUCCAGCCACUCCAGCAGCAACACCCUGUCCAGUAACGCGUCCAGCAGUCACAGUGACGAGCGCUGGUUUGACGGCACCGGGGGCAGCGCUGCGGGUAUGGGGGGCCUCAGUGACCCAUCCGACCCGGACCCAGAGCAGCUCGGUACAAAGGGCAGCUCCAGUGACAGUGGCAUCGACGCCAGCGUGCUACACGCCUCCAGCACUCCGGGCGGCCGGGUAAGCCGCGGGCACAUCGGCGCCUUCUCCAAGCCCCUGUCCGGCUCUGCCACCUACAGCGGGCUGCAGGAGCUCUCGGGGGCCUGCAGCAUGGGGGAGAUGAGCAGGAGGGACUCGUCUCCAGGCAUCCCGGCCAAGAGCUACCGCACACGCACGUUCCAGUCACCCGGGGGAACCCCCAGCAACGACAGCUUCAAACCCAGGUCCUACACCCCACAGAGGUAUAAGACCCCUGCAGCAGACAAAUCCCAGCCUUUCAGACCCUCCACUGCCACAGUCACACUAGGCUCUGCCCAGUCUUCACCGAAGGCCUCGUACGGUAAAACCAAACAGGCUGCAUGGCAGCAAGAGGGCAACAACACAGCGGCCAACACCACUGGCACCAGUGGCUCAGACAGCAGUAGCAGCAGCAAAUCCAGACAGGUGGAUAUGAACAGCAAGAACGUAUUUGGGCAACCACGGCUGAGAGCAUCUCUUAGGGACCUCCGCUCGCCAAGACGAUCCCAUAAAAGCACUGUAGAGGACGACCUGAAGAAACUCAUCAUCAUGGACAACCCUGCAGACCCCGUGCCUCAGCGAGAGAAGGUACUCACGCUUAGUCAGCGCCGCAAUCUGCAGCGCACCUUCUCAGACGAGAGUCUGACCAGCAGUCGCAGGGACCCCGGGUACCCCAGCACGCCUCUGUUUGACUGCCACCCCACCUCCAGCGACCUCCUGUUCAGCUGCACGCUCCCCAACCGACGGCACAACCACUUGCAACACAUGACCGCUGGAGCCGGGAAAAAAGUGCCACUGUCAGCAUCCGAGCUGUCCCUCUCAGAGAUGAUGGAUAAGGUGCCUCCACUGCGGCGACUGGACCCAGGGCUGAUGCCAUUGCCCGAUACUGCCUGUGGCCUGGAGUGGUCAAGCCUCGUCAGUGCUGCUAAAGCAUACGAGGUGCAAAGGGCCGUGUCACUGUUCUCUCUGUCGGAACCUAAUACUGGACUACAAGACAGCCAACCGGCUAUCAGCCCUGUGCACUUCCACACACCACAGACUCCACGCACAACCCCCACCUUCAGCAGCCCCAGUGAUGAGGUGCAAGGCGACCUGCCUGGGCGGUUAUUCCAGCUGGAGGUAAUGCUGAAGCAGCUGAACACUGACCUUGAGAAGGAGAAGGAGGACAAGGUGGUACUGCUAGCAGAGAUGGCUAACCUGCGGCAGAACAACCAGCGUCUGCAAGAAGAGUCGCAUUCCACCUCCGAACAGCUCCGCAAGUUCAGUCAGCUGUUUACCGAGACCGGUCCAGACAGGAAGUGAAAAAAGAGGGACAGAUGGACAAAGCAAAGCAAAGCACAUGCACUCCUCUCUCUGACAUCACAUUCGGCCUGAGAAAAUGCUAUGGCGAUUCAUAGCCUCCCCUUCACUAAGCAGCGUUAGACCCACCUAGCACUGCUCUAGCUCAAACCCCCAGCACAGUUGCUGAAGGUGAAACCCUGUUACUGGCUCCUGACCCCAGUGUUCUGGGUGGCUAUGUCUCGAAUCACAGUGAAUACAUUCCUCCUGGUGCCGUGCCACCCUGCUCCACCCAGUGGAGUGGAGUAGGUCUGCACUUGUUACCCGUACUCUUUUAGUUGCCUUCAGAUGACCCGUAGGAGUCUCAUAUUUUUUGUCUUUUCUUUGCUUACUUACUGUUUGAACUGUGUAACUCUCACUGAGAGAGGCCUAAUACUGUACCUGAAACCAUUAAGCCAAAAAAAAGAGGAACAAGAAAUGAACAAAUGCAAAUGAAAAUGAGUCGUAGGUGAGACUGAGGUCUCUGUCUCGUACAAAGAUAUGGUACUGUAGAAUUCAAGUGUGCUGUAAUGCUCUGAGUCUUCACAGACAGUACAUUCAUGCCACCGCCACGUUAGUGUACUGCAGUGGCAAGGGGGGACGUCUGCAUUCGCUCAAAUCCCACAGAACCAGUGCCCUUUUUUGUGGGCAAAACACUUCAAAAGCUAUGCAAGACCUUAUGAAACCAUAUGUGGGCAGGCACCUCAUAUGGAUUUCACAUAGGUAUCAUUUAGGAGACAGGAGUGCAUACCUAUUUAGCCCAUCAUCAUGGACAUUAUUUAAGACACUAAAUGAAAAGUUCCCAGAGGUGCCCAGGCACCUGUAUACACCUGACAAAUUAUAUGCAAAACACAAUCACGGCAAGAUGUGAAAUAAGCGACGAUUGCUCGGAUGCAAUUGUAAAUAACCUUUUAAAUCUUGCUAAAUGUUUAUGACAAACAGGUUGGGUCAAUGAACAGUUACAAACUCUGAUUUGUGAAACACGAAUCAAAGCUCCAUGAAUGCAAGGAAAUGUGUAUGCUACUUGACGCUAUCAAUCUUCACUUGUAAGUGACCUAGGUAGGAUGUUGGACUGGCGUAUUGUCUGCGAUUUUUGCGGAGUGCAAAAUCAUAAAGGGGUUCAAAUAGAGGUGAGUAGGCCUGAACAAUGCUUAUAUUAAUUAUUAGCUAUUAUAGGCCAUCUUGCCAAAAUUGGUGUUUUUUUUUACCAGGCUGUUGUGCCAAUGUUUGAUGGGUUAUAUAGCUACUCCCCCCACACAGUGGCCUUUUGAAAAACGUUGGGCCCCUGCCCUUGGUUAAGUCUGUGCACGCCGUUGGCAUAAAGCAUAGGUUUUUGUAGAUGCAGGUAACUGAGGCUUUCUGUGAUUACCCUACCAUGUUGCACAAGUCCACUUUUUUCUGGAACCUCCCUUCUUGGAGUGAAGUUGGGUUUUUAUGUACAAUUUAAUAUCAGGGGGUUAGGGGCUGUUAUGUAACACUAGCCAAACACAUCUCAACAGUAGUGCUAUUUUACACAAAGUUGUUUUGUUACAAUUCAAAUUUCUUGACAUAAUGAAAAUACACCACUUAUUGUUCAGCAUUUCAGUGGGGGACAUGUGUUGUAAGAAUCUUACUUCCCAAGUUAACUGGACUUGGUAGUGACUGGAACCUGCACUAUAUAUGAAACUUGAUAGUCUCUAUCCAUUCUCCAUCAGCAUGCAGCAUGCUAGCUGAAUCCACCACUCCUGGUGGUUCUUGCGAAUCAUUUCUUUCUGACCUCUGAGUGUUGCUGGAAAUGGAUGGAACGACUAAAGUAUGUUUAAGUGACUUUGCAUUAAUAGUUUUUCAUUGUACCCCCUGAAGAGGGUAAUUAUUCAGACACGAACACUACCGUAAUCAGGCACUGCUCUCUCAGAGAUGAUGCAAUCAUGCACACUUUGCAUCAGUUGUACAGAAAAACUUUGGCAGCAACUGGACCACUCUUUUUAUACUGUGAUUUCGUUAAGGAUCCUUGCAACAAAAAUAAUGCCUUUCUCUGUUUGGCAGGGCUUUGCCUUGUGUGUGCUGUGCUGUGAUUUAGGCCUGUGUGUGUAUGUGGAAUCAUGGCUGUUUUCACACUGUUUUUCUCCCAACUCCCAACUUAACAGCUGCUGCUACCUAUAGACAAAUUUAAUAGUAGAAUUCAGAGGGGGAAAAAAACUAAAAAAUAUCCCUUAUUUACAGUAGACAUCAACUGUAAUGUAUUCAGUUUUGUGUAUGUGUAUAGGGGCUUCAGUGUCUGUGAUCUUUUUUAAGGUAUGCUAGGGGAAGAGACUGGUUGAAAACCAAUAGCUAUUCUUAGAAGAGGUUUAGCGCCUGUUCUGUCAUACUUCCAUGGAACAGUGGAUGGCAGCAUUUAGCUCGGCUUGUUGCGGAGGGAGUUUUU